CUCGGAGCCCGAACCCAGUACGGACAAAGAAGGCAGCGGCUGUGAGAACAUUGAGUGUUCAAGCCUGGGUCUGCGAUCCGAGUCCGGGACCUAGUCCUGACCGUGUCCGUGUGCGAGUGGACGGCGUCGGACAAGAUGACUCUGAAUGGAGGCGGCAGCGGAGCGGGUGGGAGCUGCGGCGCGGGCCGGGAGCGCGAGCGCCGUCGGGGCAGCACACCCUGGGGCCCUGCCCCUCCGUUGCACCGCCGGAGCAUGCCGGUGGACGAACGCGACCUGCAGGCGGCGCUGGCUCCCGGCGCUCUGGCAACCGCCGCGGCGGGAACCGCGGCCCAGGGGCCGAGGCUGGACUGGCCUGAGAGCUCCUCCGACUCGCUCAGCUCAGGGGACAGCGACUCAGACGAGAGCGUUUACAAGGUGCUACUGCUGGGAGCACCUGGCGUGGGCAAGAGCGCUCUGGCCCGCAUCUUCGGUGGUGUAGAGGACGGGCCGGAAGCAGAGGCUGCAGGACACACGUAUGAUCGCUCCAUCGUGGUGGACGGAGAAGAGGCAUCGCUCAUGGUCUACGACAUCUGGGAGCAGGAUGGGGGCCACUGGCUACCUGGACACUGCAUGGCCAUGGGGGAUGCAUACGUCAUCGUGUACUCAGUGACAGACAAAGGCAGCUUCGAGAAGGCCUCAGAGCUGCGGGUACAGCUACGGAGGGCGCGGCAGACAGACGAUGUGCCCAUCAUCCUAGUGGGCAACAAGAGCGAUCUGGUGCGCUCUCGCGAGGUCUCCUUGGAUGAGGGCCGGGCCUGUGCUGUGGUCUUCGAUUGCAAGUUUAUUGAGACAUCAGCUGCGCUGCACCACAAUGUCCAGGCACUGUUCGAGGGCGUUGUACGCCAGAUACGUCUGCGCAGGGACAGCAAAGAGGCCAAUGCACGUCGGCAAGCAGGUACCCGGCGGCGAGAGAGCCUUGGCAAGAAGGCGAAGCGCUUCCUGGGCCGCAUUGUAGCACGUAACAGCCGCAAGAUGGCCUUCCGAGCCAAAUCCAAGUCCUGCCACGACCUCUCAGUGCUCUAGGCCCCUCGGGCACUCACUGCGUGGUGCAGACAGAUGGGCAGAUUGGUGGGCUGGCCUAGCCAACUGCCUUAGGUGCCUCAGGGCUGGCUCAGACUCUGGGCAUCCGCCACCUCAUGGUCAUGGACAGACAGUGCUGCCCAGGGAGAUGGCUCCCAGUGGCCAUCAAGGGAUGAACCCACGGAGGUGAAUGUGCGGGGCCAUAUGCAUCCCAGGCAGCAGCCUAAGCCCAGCCCAUGAGGCGGGGCUGUGUGUGGGAAGAGGACUCUACCUUUCUCUAUACCUGGGUUUGCAUGCUCUGGAGGGAGGCUGUUCAAUGCAGUGGCUAUUUGUUUACAUGCAGAUUUUUGUAAUAAAGACUAU